AUGUUUCUACCAUUCACCUUAUUCUAUAAGCUAGGAAAACGUAUUCCUAGGGUGCUGGUGUUAAUUACUUCUUUUAUUUCAGUAUUUUUAUUGGUAUUUUUAUUAGUGGGUUGUUACAACGUCGAUCAGAGUUCAACGUAUUUGGUGAAAUAUCAAUUCAACGAUAAAUCUCCCCUAUAUCCAGUCAUUUCAAAUCAGUUCAGUUCACAGGAAUAUACUGAUGGAUUAGAAAACGUUCAAAUAUUUUCAGGGUAUAUGGGGAUAUGUAUCAAUAACAUCCCAUCGAAUUAUGACAGAAACUCCUCGAGCAAAUCGUCUAAGGUUUGUUUCAACAGGAAGAAGGUAGAUGACAUGGACAUAUUUGACGAUUUGACGAUUAAGAUUUUCAGUUUCAAGAAUUCCAACUCCACAGAAGAAUCAGAGUCCAGUAAUUUAAAUAUAUUGGAGUUAGCUCACCAAAAUUCUGACGAACUGGUGCAUCCUUAUUUAUUGAUGGUUGUUACCAUUUUCACAAUUUUGUUGUUUGGAAUCACAGUAUAUGCAAUCAUACCUAAAUUGCCAUUUAAAAAUUACGUGCAGUUUAUUAUCAUGGGUUUAUCUGCAUUGAUCACCUUGUUAUGGGCUAUUGGUGCCAUAUGGACUCACGUUGCCAUAAAUUGCAAUGUAUCCCUAAUUCCAAGAGCAUCGAUGAAUAUAAUGACAGCAGAAAAAGGAAGUAAAUCACAGGCUCUGUCAUGGACUGCAUUUACAUUCAUGCUCAUAGACUGCUUGAUAAUGUGGAUGGUAUACUUUAGAGAUAGAAAGAAGCUCGACGAGAAGCUGGAUGACGUUAAGUCAACCAAAAACCCGUUCUCGAAUAAAUACGCAUCAGAUACAACUUUAAGCAGUGUAUGA